AUGAAGUGCAUCGAUGACGGCAGCUUCGUGGCUGUGAAGGUCAUGCCCAUCUCCUGGACCCUUACAGGCCAGCAGCAGCAUCGACGGGGUCAUCCCCAAGACACAGAGAAUCCUUGGGCGGAUCUUGGUGUCGUUCGAUACUUGAGUAGGAAGGGAGUCGAUUUCGUGUGCCACCCGAAGGGCGUCUUUCGAGACAGCGAGUGGCUUUACUGUGCCUCCGAACUAGCAACGGAAGGCGACCUCUUCACCUUCGUGACCCGAGGACCUGAUCCGGGACCGGAGAGGGAAGAGGCAUUGCGGCCAUUCAUGGUGCAGUUGUUCUCGGCCAUGAGAUAUCUUCAUGAUCGCUACAUCGCGCAUUGCGACAUCUCCAUGGAAAACAUCCUUGUCACCAAGGACGCCACCGAUGGACAUCUUCAG